AUGAGUCGAAUAAGUAGUAAAGAUCCGUUAGUUAUUUAUUUUGGUGAUCAUAUUAAAUCAGAUAUAAAUGCAUUAAAACGUCAUACUAAUUGGCUAGCAGCAGUUAUUGUUGAAGAAUUAGAAUUUGAUUCACCUCCGAUAAUUAUUCAUACAACUGCUCAUCAUUUAUCGAAUCGAUUAUCAACAAAUGAUCAAUCUUAUAUUAAAGGAAAUCAGUCAAAAUAUUUUUCUACAAAAUUUGAACAAACUGAACCUGAUGCUAUAUUACCUUCUCGAUCAUCGUGUUGGUAUACUUAUAUAACAAAACAUGCAUAUUUAAGUUUAAGUUAUUUAAGUGUAUUAGCAAAUCAUUUUGAUUUAAAGCAUCAAUUUGAACAUGCUAAACAGACAAAACAUUUCGUUUUAUUAUAUUAA